GCUCAAACAUCGCAUGGGAUUUUCCUCCUGCGUUUCCUACGCCUUGUCCGGGUUGGCCUUAGCCUUGGCUGCUGGAGCGGUAGAGCUGGCACGCCAUGUCCUUCUGUUGCUCUACCGCCUGGAAGUGCACCGGAGCGUGGCCAACCCGUGCCGCUGAGCGAUUCAGGAGGUGGUGCUUCUUUCUGGUCGCUGCAGCCCACGGGUGGAGUUGCAAUGAUGCGGGUGCCACCGCCAUGUUGCAGCGCGAAAACUUGACAGAUGUUGACCCCUUAGCUCUUUGCAACGAUGGCAGCCCGGCGAUGUUCUACAUGCAGGAGAACAUCUCGAGCUCCGAGUGGGUGGUGUAUCUGGCUGGUGGCGGCUGGUGCUACGACCUGGAGAGCUGCCAGGGUCGCUUCGAUGGAAGCCUCUUCCCACGACAGCCCUGCGACAGCUCCAACGAGAGCGUGCCAUGCUGGAUGUCCAGCAAGGACUAUCCAGAAAUCUGUGGAAAGACUGGCAUUUUUGAUGCGCACCGGUCGCCUUUUCGUGCUGCCAAUUUGGUUUAUGUGCCCUACUGCACCUCUGAUGCCUACAUGGGAGACGGCGUGUUCGGCCCGUGGCAAUUCCGUGGUGCGCGUGUGGUUCGCGCUGUGUUUACAAAGCUUGCGGGCCGACUGCAAGGGGCAAGCAGGCUGAUCUUUGGUGGCGGUUCUGCAGGGGGUCGCGGUUCCAUGGUGCUGCUGGACGAAGUCAGCGAUCGUUUCCCGCGGCUCCUGGUGCGGGGCUUUUUGGACUCUCCCUACUACCUGGAUGUGCCCAGCUUCAGCCCCAAGUUUGCCGGCUUUCAGCCGCAACACUCGCAGGGGCUGCCUGGCGUCUCUGCACAUGGUCGCGGAGCUUGGUCGCGGAGCUUGGUCGCGGAGCUUGGUUGCGGAGCAAUUGGUAGGCGGAGCGGAGGUGUUGAUGAAUUUCAAUGCCUCCUCGGUGGUCUCAGACAGAUGUCGAAGAAGGUUUUCAGAAGAGCAGUGGAAGUGCCUCUUUGGACAGCAUCGGAUGCCACUUCUCAGGACGCCACAUCUGAUGGUGGCGGCGCAGUACGACUCGUGGCAACUCUCCCAUUUGGUCCAUGGCUACGAUGGCCUCGAAGAAAAGCCUAAACCCUACACUGCAGCAGAGCAGCGCUAUGCAGAGGAGUUCGCUGCGAAGACGCGCCUAGAGCUGACGCGGCUGAAGACUCUGCAGCUGCCGGGCUCGUCCCUGUACUCCUCGGCAUGCUACGAGCAUCACAUCUCCGAAAAGCGUUCCUUUUGGAGCAAGAAAGUCAACGGCCUAUCGCAGGCCAAAGCCCUAACCCAGCUGGAUACGGCCCCAGGUGUCACUAUCGCGGGAUGCACCAGCUACAACUGUGGCUGUGCCAAUGAAACGGAGGAAAUCACGGCAGUGCUGGAGAGAUUUCUGGUGCUGUAAAAA